AUGGAUGCUGUGACCUUUGAGGAUGUGGCUGUGAACUUCACCCAGGAGGAGUGGACUUUGCUGAAUCCUUCCCAGAAAAACUUGUACAGAGAUGUGAUGCAGGAAGUCUUCAGAAACCUGGCUUCUAGAGGAAGCAAAUGGGAAGGCAAAAGCAUAGAAGACCAGAUCAAAAAUUCUGGGAGUAAUCUAAGGCAUGAAGAAACUCAUACUGGGCACAAACCCUAUGACUGCGUACAGUGUGGUGAAACCCUUUUGUCUCCGACAGGUGUUCAAAGACACAUGAUAACACACAGUGGAGAUAAACCUUUCAAAUGUAAGGUAUGUGGGAAAGCCUUUCCCUAUCGCAGUUUAUUUAGAAUGCAUCAAAGAACACAUACUGGAGAGAAACCCUAUGAAUAACAGAAGUGCUAUGAAUGUGAACAAUGUAGAAAAGCCUUUACUACUUCCUCUUCCCUUCAGAUCCAUAAACGAACUCAUACUGGGGAGAAGCUCUAUGCAUGUAAACAAUGUGGGAAAGCCUUCACUCGCUCCUCUCACCUUCAAAGACAUGAACAAACUCAUACUGGAGAGAAGCCCUAUAAAUGUAAACAAUGUGGGAAAGCCUUCACUACUUCCACUUACCUUCCACUACAUGAACGAAUUCAUACUGGACAGAAACCUUAUAAAUGUGAACAAUGUGGAAAAGCUUUCACUCAUUCCUCUUACCUUCACAUACAUAUACAAACUCAUACCGGAGAGAAACCCUAUAAAUGUGAACCAUGUGGGAAAGCCUUCACUAGUUCCUUUCACCUUCAGACACAUGAACGAACUCACACUGGAGAGAAACCCUAUAAAUGUGAACAAUGUGAGAAAACCUUCAUUUGUUCCUCCUACCUUAAGAUGCAUAAACGAUCUCAUACUGGAGAGAAACCCUAUAAAUGUGAACCAUGUGGGAAAGCCUUCACUAGUUCCUUUCGCCUUCAGACACAUGAACGAACUCACACUGGAGAGAAACCCUAUAAAUGUGAACAAUGUGAGAAAGCCUUCAUUUGUUCCUCCUACCUUAAGAUGCAUAAACAAUCUCAUACUGAAGAGAAACCCCAUAAAUGUGAACAAUGUGAGAAAACCUUCAUUUGUUCCUCUUACCUUAGGAUGCAUAAACGAUCUCAUACUGGAGAGAAACCCUAUAAAUGUAAACAAUGUGGGAAAACCUUCACUAGUUCCUCUCACCUUCACAAACAUGAGCGAACUCACACUGGAGAGAAGCCCUAUAAAUGUAAUCGAUGUGGAAAAGCGUUCACUCUUUCCUCUCACCUUCACUCACAUGAAAGAUCUCACACUGGAGAGAAGCCCUAUAAAUGUAAUCAAUGUGGGAAAGCCUUCAUUACUUCAUCUCAACUUCAGUUAUAUGAACGAACUCACACUGGAGAGAGGCCCUAUAAGCCCUAUAAAUGUAAUCAAUGUGGGAAAGCCUUCAGUACUUCCACUAAACUUCAAUUACAUGAACGAACUCACACUGGAGAGAAGCUCUAUAAAUGUAAUCAAUGUGGGAAAGCCUUCAUUACUUCCUCUCAACUUCAAUUACAUAAAUGAACUCACACUGGAGAGAGACCCUAUGAAUGUAAACAAUGUGGGAAAGCCUUUGCUUGUUCCUCUAACCUUUACUCACAUGAAAAAACUCACACUGCAGAGAAGCCCUAUAAAUGUAAUCAAUGUGGGAAAGCCUUCACUACUUCCACUCAACUUCAAUUACAUGAACGAACGCAUACUGGAGAGAGGCCCUAUGAAUGUAAACAAUGUGGAAAAGCCUUUACUCGUUCCUGUAACCUUCACUCACAUGAACGAACUCAUUCUGGACAGAAACCCUGUGAAUAUAAACAAUGUGGUAAAGGCUUUGCUAGAUCUAGUCAGUUUCACUUGCACAAAUGAACUCAUAUUAGAAAGAAAUUCUACUAAUGAAAACAAGAGGCAAAAGUUUUAUUACCAUUUCACUCCUAAAAAUUAAGAACUGUACUGGAGAAAAUACCUUUGAAUGUAAAAUGUGAUAAAUGAAUAUUCCUUCUCAGUUACAAGGACAUGAAUGGUCUCAUACUGCAGAACAAUUUUUUGUUGUUCUGGGGACUUAGUCCCUGGGUG